AUGCCCCUCCUGCUGGCACUACUCCUGCUGGUCACCGCCACCUGCCCCGUGCGAGGCCAAGUCUCCACCAUUGAGUAUGAGCCUGCAAUCACUGCCCUGGCGCUGGAAGGGAACGUCACUUCUUCCACCUUUGUCCUGGAGCAGCCUCGCUGUGUCUUCAACAAGACUGUUAGCGACACCGAUGAGAUCUGGUUGGUGGUUUCCCUCAGUAGCGCGAUAUCCAGUUUCACCAGACCCAUCUCCCUGCAAAGCCUCCCUUCCUUCCAGAAGUUCCCAGAGAACCCCCAGUACAUGACCAUGGGCACCUCCUCCUUCAACUACCCAUGUGAAAAUAGCUCGGGCCAGAUCACGGUGCUGCGCGUCGGGAACGAAACCGGGUGCGUUUCGGACACAUCAAGACCAGAUUGCAACGGCCCCCUGCCUGGCCCGGGGCCCUACAGAGUGAAGUUCCUUGCGAUGAGUCCUGCAACUGGCCCCAAGGCCGAGACAAAGUGGUCAGCCCCGAUCACACUGAAAACAGGGAAGGACCCUGCCCGCAUUGACACCUGGCCCGGAAGGCGCAGCGCUGGUAUGAUCGUCAUCACCACCAUCCUCUCCAUCCUCCUGGCCGUCCUGCUGGCCUGCUUCAUCGCCGCGCUGGUCUAUGGAUGUUCGGACAUUUCCGAGAGCGCGGAGAUAAUGGACAAGCAGGACCCGGUGACAGUGAAGAGGUACAACACCCAUCAUAUCUACGACCAGCCUGCGUUCAAGAACUGA